CUUCGCUGUGAUUCGCCCAAACCUGCGUUGCUAAGAGAUAAAGAGUUUACCAAUAAUGAGGACUCUGUUAGCAUCAAAUGGCUAACGUGAGAAAAGACAGAAUUUUUCCUUCGUUUUCACAUCUGUUCGGUUUCGUAUUGUUAGUUGUUAGUGUGGCGCAUGCUCAGAAUGCUGUUGUUUUCCAGCCGUCCUUUCUCACUGCAACUGGACCCGCCGUCACCGCGUUUCUGCUCGGCAGCUCCUCAGACGUGAUUCUGAAUCUGAGGAGAGUUUUUCCAUCCAACCUAACAGGAAGUAUUGAUUCUCCAUCGUGUGCAGAUGAGGAAACACAGUGGACGGUGACAAAGGAGCAGAUAGGAAAGGCUGUAGUUCGAGUCCACCUGAGACUGAAUCGGAGCCUGUCUCUGUGUGCUGAGAACGGAACAAACCCUGACUGCUGUUCCAGGCGGCUGUGUGUCCUGGAAACCCUUCAGGUGUCUGCUUGUGUUGGGGGCGCUCCUCAGGCAUCCCUGCUUGUUCAGGCCGUCAUACAUGCCCGGGUGUUUCCUGCAACUGCUGGAUCAGAUAACAAGACUAUCAUUCCAAACCAAGUCUUUCAGCCGUUGGGCUCGUGUCCCUGUGACCUGACCACGGGAAUAUGUGAUGUACGCUGCUGCUGUGACAAGGAUUGUUCCAGUGAAGAGUUGAAGCUGUUUGUGUCCCGCUGUCUGCCGGGGCCUUUUGGAGGACAGGUGUCCCCCACUCCAGAGUACCAGUGCUCUGCUCAGUCCUCCGAAAACUCCCCCGACUGGUUUCCGUUUUUAUGCGUCAACUCUCCACCUGAAAACAACCCAUUCCUCGGCUUCUUUUACCACGGAAGCACAAUGACAUCAGUGCCUGCUGGCCCUUCUUUCCAAAAAGCUGUGGUUUCAGCUCCUGCAUCAGCUAGUCCUUAUGUUCAAGAAAGUCCACUUAUACAGUUGAAUGGACAGUUUUUUGUUAUACCUCAGGUCGUCCUGGGACGAUGUGGAAACAACACUCCCGUAGCAUUUCUGAGAAAUUUCAAAGUCAAGUGUGUAACCCUGCUCCACUCCUGUCCAACGGGAUUUCCAUUGCAAACAGCAGAACUGAACAGUCAAGUCAUGGAUGGACUAGGCGGGAUUGUUGAGGUGGAUGUAACUGAUGAGGUGGUCUCUGAUGCAGAUCCAUUUAUCUCCAAAAGCAGCGCCGUUUCUCCUGAAGAAAGGAGUCUGGUGUGUGAGAAUGUGACCCUAUCGCUGGAUUACAAGUUUUAUUGGAAAGCAAAUGGCUUCACAGGAAUCGCACUGACUCGCACCCUCGGGACCAUCAUCUCAAAUACAAGCGUGGUGUUAACAACGAGAUAUUCUGCUGUCUUUCUAAACGGGGAUGUUAUGGCUGAUCCCGCCUCAGGAAACCCAGGUUAUCAGGUGGGAAAACCUGUUGUUGCUGGAAUCAUAGACAACGGUACAGCCUCAAUGCAAAAAGCUUUCAUUAAUAUCUGGAAACCAGUUCAUGAUGGGCUCUGUUCUGCCGCUGAGAGGGAACCAGUUCUGUUUGGGAAGAAUUACACAUCUGGAUGUCUGCUGCCGGUUACAAAAAAUAAUCUGACUCAGUGUAAUCUCUUGAGAGAAACGGUUACUAAUCUACAGGAUGGUUUGACUGCUGCUGCAUACGUGGCAAAGCGUGGAAACCCAGACCUCUUUACCAUGACAGAUUGGCUGACCAUAAGCUUUGUGAGCCUGAACUCGAGCGCUGCUGCAGAGGACUCAGCCAGUGAAUGCAGGGCUGUUCCUGCUCACGUCCACGUUCAGGUCUGGACUCUCGUCACUGGGUUUGUAGAAAGUGUACCUCAAAGGGAAAUCUCUGCUUUGCAAAUCAGCUUUGGUUUGUCCACCUGGGCGUUGGACUGUGGUGGAGGCAAUGGAACUUUGUGUGAAGAAGCUCAGUUGUUACCUAUCACCUCUUCAGUCACCUUCAUUGACAUUCCCUACAACACAGGGCCACCAAAAACCAGGUUUCAGAUCAACUUCACAGAAUACGACUGUGACAGGAAUGAUGUGUGCUGGCCCGAGCUCGCUUUUCCUUUCACCAGAUAUUACACAGGUGAGCCAUAUUCUCUGGCGUUGGCAAAGGGUAUGAUCCUGGUUUUCUUCUUCAUCACGGCCUCGAUCCUUGGAUCCCCAUGGAGACAAAUCAGACAGGCGUGGCACAGUGCUGCUUUCUGAAGCUUGAUCUUAAUCAAUGGGGAGUUUGAUACAUUAAAAGUGGUUAACAAAGUAAAUUUAUUUAUAUUUUUGAAUGUUUGUGUUUUUUAUUUGGGUGUUGUACUUAAUAAAAUGUUUAUUUUUCUAAUAAUCUUUGUGUUAUACUUUUAUUUAAAUUAUAUUUUUUUAAAUUAGCUGCUUCGUCUGCCCUUGAUUCCAAUUAUUUUUGACGGUUUUAUUUAUAUUUUUAUGAUGGUACUGGUCAUUUUAUAGUUCAGGCACACAACACUUAUUUUUUUAAAAAUCUAAAUUGAAUAAUUUCUGUUUAGUUUAUAAUUCAGAUCAGUUUAUUGUAUUUUGACAUUUGAACCAAAACUUCAUCAAAGCAGAGAAUUCUGCUCAAUCCUAUUGCAAAUCUUCCAUUUAAUUUUUAUUUCCUGAGUAAAUGUGUUUUGAAUUAUAAAAGACUAAAUAGUCAAAUAUCCAAUAUUUCUUAUAAGCUAAAAAAAAAAGUAGUAGAUUCACUUAAAAAAAAAAAAAAAA